AAAAUAUUAUUUAUUGGACAUACCAAGAAAGAAAUUUAUUUUCAGACUAAAAAAGAAAAAGCAAGCGCACAACUGAGAAACAACUAAAAACUCGUAAGUCCGAAAUCGCGUAAGUCGAGGACUGACUGCACUUUUUAAUCCAAUUGUAAAUACAUAGUUGCGCGCGCUUUUGGAAAUACGAAGAGUUUCUUAUCGUAAACACCAUUGCUCAUUUCUUCCAUCAUUGACCAUUGGCGUCAUCUACGUGUCUUAGUUUGAUGUUCCGUGUUUGCCCAUGCAUUGUGGCAUUAUGUCAGGUUUUAUAAAAACGGCAAGGAAAUUUUCAGAAAUUCCAUCACCAACAACUCUUCCUUUGCUUGGACAUACACAUCUUUUCAUACCUGGAGGUACUUACACCUCCGAGAAAUUGUCAGAAGCUGUUGUGGAUUUGGGAAGAAGAUGGGGUCCGAUUUUUAGACUUAAUCUGGGCGGAACCCAAAUGGUUGUCACGUUAAACGCGAAUGACGCAAAAGCGAUAUACAGGGCAGAAGGAAAAUUUCCGCGAAGGCCAACGUUCGAGGCGCUUAUGCAUUAUCGUCGGAAAAGGUUCAACAGCGUCGGCGUGGUACCUGGUAGUGGUCCGGAGUGGCAACACUUCCGAAAGGGUAUAGCGCCACUUUUGAAUCAAAACAUUGUCAAUAAAUAUACUAAACAAUUGUAUAAUAUUGGCAAUAAUCUAGUCAAUUAUAUAGGUAGAAAUCGAAACAAAGAUAAUAUUCUUCAUGAUUUAUUUCAACAUUCUAUGCUUUAUGCAAUUGACUGUAUUUCAAUUGUAUCUACCAGUAAACAGACGAGUUGUCUGGAGGAAAACGGAAAAAAUGAAUCAGAAAAAAUUAUUAAAGCAAGUAAGGAUUUCAUGGAGGGCCUUUACGAAACUUUAAUGGGUCCACCGAUAUGGAAGUUUAUAAAAACGAGCGGCUACAAAAAACUUGAAUCAUCUCAUGAAAUAAUUUACAAUCUCAUUCGAAAGGAAUUCAAUUCAAGCAAUAUAGAUGAGUCGAAUAUAUUCUUAUGGAAAUUAUGCAAAGAUAAACAAUUUUCACGAGACGAUGCAUCAAUGAUAGCUGUUGAAGUAUUUUUAGGUGGAAUAGAUGCAAUAGCAACAACUUUAGCGUUCACCUUAUACUUUCUAGCAAAGAAUGAGAAUGUUCAAAAAAUUGCUAGGAAAGAUUUAGAUGGACAGUAUUUAAAAGCUUGCGUGAAAGAAACACUCAGACUCAGGAUGACAGCUGGUGCGAAUAGUAGGUUUAUAGCUGAAGAUGCGAUAAUUAGCGGAUAUUCUGUACCCAAAGAUACAUUGGUCUUACUAUUUAGUUCGGUAACAGGACAAAGUGAAGAAUAUUUCAACGAUUCUAAAAGCUAUAUUCCAGAGAGAUGGCUCAAACCAGUGCAUCCUUUUGCUUCUCUUCCUUUUGGUAUAGGUCCUAGGAUGUGUCCUGGUCGCAGAUAUGCAGAAACUGAACUUCAAAUAGCUUUAAAACAGAUUUUGAAGAGCUACAAUGUAAGAUUGGCCAACAAGGAUGACAGUGAUAUCGGCAUGGUAUAUAGGAUGAACAGAAUUCCAGAAAGGUCCAUAAAUAUUAAAUUUAUAAAC